AUGGCGCAUCCGCAAGUUGCCUUCCGUGAGACGACCUUUACAGGCAAAUCGCUACUUUCGACCCGGCGAGCAACCGUCUCACGCUCCACCGUUCGCGCUCAGCUCGAACAAAUUCGAUCUACAGGUCGGUAUGAAUGCUUCACACUCAAAUGGCAUUCCAUCUACGAAGACAAGUCCAUGUGGCCUGUGCCCUUCCAUCUUUUCUGGGACAGUGACAUUGCGAAAUGGAUCGAAGGCGCGUGCUACUUCUUGGCCGACGAGUACGACGCCGAGAUCGACAGCACAAUUCGCGAAUUCGUCGAUAUGAUCAGAGGAGCGCAGCAAGAAGAUGGUUACUUGAACGUGCACUACACUGUCAUUGAACCCGGGAAGUGCUGGUCGAACCUCCGGGAUAUGCAUGAACUUUACAACGCUGGCCAUCUGAUCGAGGCUGCGAUUGCUCACAGGGAUUAUUAUCGCAACGACCUGUUGAUAGCGCCCAUCCAAAAGUAUGUCAGUCUUAUCGGGAAGCAGUUUGGCCCCCGGCCAGAUCAGAUCCAUGGCUACCCAGGCCACCCGGAGAUCGAACUCGCCCUUUUCCGCCUCUACUCGGCUACUGGAAGCGUUGAAGCCUUUGAGCUUGCCCAGUACUUCUUGACCGAACGCGGGAACCCCAAAGGGCAAGAUGGGAAGCAUUACUAUGAUUGGGAGAUGGAGAAGAGAGGUGACGGACCCUGGCUGCGGCCUGACGCAUAUCCCGAGAACCGCACCUAUUGGUACUGCCAGGCCCAUGCGCCCAUCAUCGAGCAGCCUACCAUCGAGGGUCAUUCAGUUCGAGCUGUGUACCUCCUUACUGCCGUUGCCGACAUGAUAUACCUCUCUACGGCUGACGAUCGACUGUUGCCUGACUCCAAGGCCUGGUCCCAGUCACUCCAUAGACUCUGGGACAACAUGGUCGAAAAGAAGAUGUACCUAACUGGAGGUAUCGGGGCCAUCAAGCAAUGGGAGGGUUUUGGGAUCGAUUACUUUCUCCCCCAGGGCACCGAUGAGGGAGGUUGCUACGCGGAAACGUGCGCCUCCAUCGCUGUAAUGAUGCUCGCCGAACGCCUCUUGCACCUUGACUUGGAUGGCCACUACGCCGACAUCAUGGAGUUGUGCCUGUACAACAACAUCAUGACAUCCAUGAGCCUUGACGGCAAGACCUUUACGUAUGCGAACCAGUUAGCGAGCUCCGAGGCUGACAAGAGCGAACGCCAUGAGUGGUUCUGGUGCGCGUGCUGCCCACCGAACGUAUCCCGACUGUUCGGUAGCCUGGGCGGAUAUAUCUGGGACUAUGGCGCCGAAGGAGAGGGUGCAUUCGUCAACGUGCACUUGUACACUGGUGCCAAGGUUACAUUCGAUGUCAACGGAGGGUCUGUCAUCUUGGAGCAGAAGUCGAACUGGCCGUGGGAGGGCAACAUCUUGUUCAAACUUGCCGCCCCCUUGCCAGUGGCGAUUCGUCUAAGGCUGCCGGCCUGGUCGAAUGGGUCAUUUAUCCUGACACCUUCUCCCCAAUCGGGCACCGUGGAAGUGAAGAAGGGCUACGUCUACCUCGACCCCACGUAUACCACGGAAAACCCAUCCUUCUCCUUGCAAGUCGGAGGGUUUGAGCCACGAUACUUAACGCCGCACCGAUACGCGAACCAGCGAACAUUGACGCUGGCCCGUGGCCCAAUCGUGUACUGCGUUGAGGACGUCGACAACUCAGGCGAGAAUAACCACUUUAAGGAUACGUACUUGAAGGCAGACUCGCAUGUUUCCGAGCAAAAGUGCACGGAUGAGCAGACCGGCGAGGAAUACGUAGCCCUGCAAAGCGUUGGUUGGAACCGCCCAGAGACGAGCGGAGCCUCUUCGGCGGCCGGGGAGACAGCCGGUGAAGCGAGAGAGUUGGUUUUUAUACCUUACUACUUUAGAGCCAACAGAGGAGGAGGGGGGCAAAUGAGGGUUGGUCUGUUGAACGGGGGCGACGCAUCUGGCAUCGUGUUCCCAGAGCGAGGAGUGGAUUCCUGA